CUUAUAUAGAGAGUAUGUUACUACUGUCCUCUUUUAAUUUUGGAAAAAUAACAGCAAUUUGUUUCCUUUGUUUUCUUUUGAGAAAGAUUUGUUUCCUUUUGUUACAAACCAAAGUUGUUAACUAUUCCAAAAUAUGAAAUAUAAAUACUACUUAUGAACUCCUAAAGCUUCAUCACCAUCACGUAAUCAACUUGUAAUGAACAAUGUCUCUAGUCAAAAGACUCAAACCCAGCAUCUUAUUACUAUUUGCAAUCGCUCUUUCCUGUAAUUUCAUUCUUCCAUCUUUAGCCCAAGACUGGAAACAAGAAUUCCUAGAGGCACAUAACGAAGCCCGGCACGAGGUUGGGGUAGAGCCAUUGGUUUGGAGCGAUGAGGUCGCUGCUUAUGCCUCGAGCUAUGCAAACCAGAGAGUCAGUGACUGUGCCAUGGUCCAUUCGAAUGGACCUUUUGGAGAGAACAUAGCAUGGAGUAGCGGAGAUAUGUCGGCUGAGGAUGCUUCGGAAAUGUGGAUCGACGAGAAGAAGUACUACGACUACGAUAGCAACACUUGUAAUGAUCCAAACGGUGGCACUUGUCUGCAUUACACACAAGUGGUUUGGAGAAACUCUCUUCGAUUGGGAUGUGCUAAAGUGGUGUGUAACAGUGGUGGUACUUUUAUUACAUGCAACUAUGAUCCUCCUGGUAAUUACAAUGGAGAAAAACCAUAUUAA